AUGAGUGCAAUGUGGCCCAGGUCCGUCUCGUACGCGGGGUUCGCGAGGCGGUCGACAGUUUCGUCUUUGCUGCGGCGAGGUUUCACGAGCAGCUUGUCCAGAAUGCAGAAAAUUGUGGUCAAGAACCCGGUGGUGGAAUUGGACGGGGAUGAGAUGACGAGAAUUAUCUGGAAGAAAAUCAGGGAGGAGCUCAUUCUGCCAUAUGUCCAACUGGACAUCAAAUACUUCGACCUCGGUCUCGAGCAGCGAGACGCGACGAAUGACCAGGUCACAGUCGAGUCGGCCGAGGCGAUCCUCAAGUACAAUGUGGGCAUCAAGUGCGCGACGAUCACGCCGGACGAGGCGCGGGUGAAGGAGUUCACCCUCAAGCAGAUGUGGAAGAGCCCCAACGGGACGAUCCGCAACAUCCUCGGCGGCACGGUCUUCCGAGAGCCCAUCAUCCUGAAGAGCAUCCCUAAACCCAUCCCUGGCUGGAAGAACCCGAUUGUCAUUGGGCGUCAUGCGUUCGGUGACCAGUACCGCUCGACGGACUUUGUUGCGCCAGGCCCGGGAAAGCUGCAGCUCGUGUAUUCGCCUGCAGAUGGUGGAAAGCCGACGGUCAUGGAUGUGUAUGACUUCAAGGGAAAGGGUGUCGCGAUGAGCAUGUACAACACCGACGAUUCCAUUACAGGGUUCGCGCACUCGUCCUUCAAAAUGGCGCUCGCCAAGAAGAUGCCCCUUUUCAUGUCGACGAAGAACACGAUCAUGAAGAAGUACGACGGCCGCUUCAAGGACAUCUUCCAGGACAUCUACGAAAGCACAUACAAAUCGCAGUUCGAGGUGGCCGGCAUCUACUACGAGCACCGGCUGAUCGACGACAUGGUCGCGCAGGCGAUCAAGUCCUCCGGCGGGUUCGUCUGGGCGUGCAAGAACUACGACGGCGACGUGCAGUCCGACAUUCUCGCGCAGGGCUUCGGCUCGCUGGGCAUGAUGACCUCCGAGCUGAUCACGCCCGACGGGCAGACGAUCGAGUCCGAGGCCGCGCACGGCACCGUCACGCGCCACUACCGCGAGUUCCAGAAGGGCAACGAGACGUCCACGAACCCCGUCGCGUCCAUCUUCGCGUGGACGCGCGGCCUCAAGCACCGCGCGACCCUCGACGGGAACGAGAACCUGAAGGCGUUCUGCGAGGACCUCGAGAAGGCCUGCGUGGAGGUCAUCGACAUUGACGGUGUGAUGACGAAGGACCUUGCGCUCGCGAUUCAUGGAAAGGAGAUGAAGCGCGAACACUGGGUCGUCACAGACGUGUACAUGGAUUCCGUGAACAACAAGCUCAAGCAGAAGAUGGCGGCGAGGGCGAGCGCGUAG